AUGUACAUACCAUUAAUUAUUUUCUUCAUUAUUUAUCAUUCUAUUCAUAUUGUAAUAAGUUCAAGUCUUCCUUCACCAGAAUUACAUAUCGACUAUGGUGGUCAAGCAUUGACUGCUUUAAAACAUCUAUUAAAUUUUUUUGAAUCUGAUGUAAAUGAUUUAAAUCUUGAUGGUUUAUAUGGUUUACGUAUAGCACAAGGACAAUUAGAUGCUCUUCAUGAAAUUUUAAAUUCAUCAUCAAAUAAAACAAAUCAUCGUUUUAUAGAUAAAAAUAAACAUAUCUAUUCAUUAUCGAGACAAAUUGAACGUAUAGCAAAUAAAAAUUUACUUGUACUAGCUAAUACAACAUCUUCAUAUUUACAACGAUUUUUACUUAUUGCAUCAAAACCAUUUCGACUUGAAUAUGAAUUAAGAAAAAUAAAGAAAAAGCUAUUUGAACAUGGUUCGCGAAGUUCAGAUUUUGAUGAAGAAGUAUCUGAUUCUUGUUUUGCUGAAUUACUUGGUUCAAAUGAUCAAUAUAAUUCAACACAAUGUUUUGUAACACAAUCAUGUUGGAAUAUGAUGACAGCAUCAAUGACUAAAGAUUAUUGUUUAACACAUCAAUUAUUAUGGUUUUUAGUUGCAAAAAAUAUUGGUUGUAUUGAUAAUCGUUUAAUAUCAAAUCUUGCAAAUAAAAAUUUAAAAUAUUUAGAAGAUCAAUAUUGUUCAAAUAUAUAUCAAGAUGCUGAAUUAAAUAUAGAUGAUAAUGAUAAUCAAGAUUUAUUUCUUGAAGAAUUAUUAUUAUGUUCAAUUAUUGGUUAUGAAGAAUUUUUACGUUUUGAUUGGUUUAAUAAAAUUCUUUCAUGGCAAAAUUCAGAAUAUGGAUGUUUUACUGGAACAUCAAAUUCAAUAGAAUCAAAUUUAAAAGCUAAAAGACAUCUAUUAGUUGAACAAGGCAUGAUUCAUGGAUGUUUAUCGCAUGAAAGUGGUCUUGCAGCUGGAUUAUUAGCGACAUAUGUUAGAGCUCUUUUACAAUAA